AAUCACGCGUGAUUUCGCCAUCUCACUGGCUCUCUUUUGAGUCUCGGUGUAUCUGUCUGUAAAAUGGGAGCGAGGGAUCCGACCGUGAGCCCCUGCUCGCUUGCGCGCAGUCAGGAGUGCAGCUGGCGGAUCAUCUUGAUAAGUGGGAAGUCCGGGAAGCGGGGUCCGGGCUCGCGCUUUCAGCGCUCACAGCUCUGAGGUCCCGGCUCCGGAGCGGUUUCCAUGACAACCCGGCCAGCCACCAUCCAGAGCCCAAGUGGCUUGCGUCACGUCCGGUCUGUUUACUUCUGGGUCCCAGCCUCAGACGCGGCGAUGGCUGGUUAGGCUCCAAAGCGCGGUUCCGUGGCUUUCGUCCUCGCUCUUCGGCCUUCCGCUUUGUCCUCGGCCUCUGGCUUACGGUCUCCGCCGGCCGCGGGCAUCUACGACUUCCCGGAGCCAGCGCGCAGCCUCGGUCCACCCUCCCUUCGGGCCAGCCUCCUGGCGACAUCACUUCCGGGCCGAGUGCUUCCGGGUCGCUGCUGGCCCCCGGGUACUGGUCUCGGUUCCCCGGCAGCCAGCCGGAGCGGCGAGCGCCCAGCGGGGCCCGGCUCCGGCGGCAGCCGCGCCUCCCGCUUGCUUCCCUCGGCCGGGUCGUCCUCGGCUGCAGUGUCAGGAGCACUCCGCUGGUCCACGCAGCAACAUGUCCGUGCUUUUAGUGAUGUCCCUGCCUCUAAUCCGGGAGCCAUGGAGGAGAUAAGGUAGCCCCGCCCUCGAUCGGAUGGGGAAGCCCAGUUCAAUGGAUACAAAAUACAAGGAUGACUUAUUUCGGAAGUACGUGCAGUUCCAUGAGGGCAAAGUGGAUACCACCCCCAGCAAGCAGUGGCCUGGCAGCGAUGAGUACCUGCGGGUGGCAGCCUCGUCCCUGCUCAGCCUGUCCAAGGUGGAACCCUUUUAUCGAUUCCGGCUGAUCCAGUUCUACGAGGUGGUGGAGAGCUCCCUGCGCUCACUCAGCUCCUCCAGCCUGCGGGCUCUGCACGGCGCCUUCAGCAUGCUGGAGACGAUGGGCAUCAACCUCUUCCUCUACCCAUGGAAGAAGGAAUUCAGAAGCAUCAAGACCUACACGGGCCCUUUUGUUUAUUACGUCAAGUCGACAUUACUGGAAGAGGACAUCCGAGCCAUCCUGAGCUGCAUGGGCUAUGCACCUGAGCUGGGCACCGCAUACAAGCUCAGAGAGCUCGUGGAGACCCUCCAGGUAAAGAUGGUCUCCUUUGAGCUCUUUCUGGCCAAAGUUGAGUGUGAGCAGAUGCUGGAAAUCCACUCACAAGUGAAGGACAAGGGCUACUCCGAGCUGGACAUUGUGAGCGAGCGCAAGAGCAGCACGGAGGACGUGCCCGGCUGCCUGGAUGCCCUGCGGCGGCGGGCGGAGGGCCGGGAGCACCUGACGGCCUCCAUGGCGCGGGUGGCGCUCCAGAAGUCAGCCAGCGAGCGGGCAGCCAAGGACUACUACAAGCCCCGUGUGACCAAGCCCUCGAGGUCGGUGGAUGCCUACGACAGCUACUGGGAGAGCCGGAAGCCGCCCCUGAAGGCCUCAUUGAGCCUUCGGAAGGAGCCCGUGGCAGUGGACGUGGGCGACGACCUCAAGGACGAGAUCAUCCGCCCGUCCCCCUCGCUGUUGACCAUGGCCGCCUCUCCCCACAGCAGCCCGGAUGCCCUUCCACCCGCCUCCCCCAGCAACGGCCCGGCCCUGCUGCGCAGUACCUACUUCUCCUCUCAGGAUGACGUGGAUCUGUACACAGACUCCGAACCCAGGGCCACCUACCGUCGGCAGGACGCUCUGCGGCCGGACGUGUGGGUGCUCAGAAACGACGCCCACCCCCUCUACCACAAGCGCUCGCCCCCUGCCAAAGAGUCCUCCCUCUCCAAGUGCCAAAGCUGCGGGCUGUCCUGCAGCUCCUCCCUCUGCCAGCGCUGUGACAGCCUGCUCACCUGUCCUCCAGCUUCCAAGCCCGGCGCCUUCCCCAGCAAGGCCUCUGCCCACGACAGCCUGGCCCACGGGGCCUCUCUGCGGGAGAAGUACCCAGGCCAGACUCAGGGCCUUGACCGCCUCCCACACCUUCACUCCAAACCCAAGCCCUCCACUACGGCCACUUCCCGCUGUGGCUUCUGCAACCGCCCAGGCGCCACCAACACCUGCACCCAGUGUUCAAAAGUCUCCUGCGACGCCUGCCUCAGUGCUUACCAUUACGACCCCUGCUACAAAAAGAGUGAGCUGCACAAGUUCAUGCCCAACAACCAGCUGAACUACAAGUCCACCCAGUUCUCCCACCUCGUGUACAGAUAGACUCGGCCUCACCCCUUCCCGCUCCAAGGGCUACACCACCCACCUUUCGGGUUUCCCGGUGAAGAAGUAUUCCCGCAUUGAUCUCAGAGGCGGGGGCCUGCACUUGACCAUGUAGGUGGCAGAGAUCGUGGGCUGGCUGUGUCCACGUAGGAGUUCACUUAGCAACUCCGAUGUUUCAACCAAUGGCUGCUUUGUUGUCUGACAAGGGAGAAGGUGGCACUUCCGUUCAGAUUCAUUUUGCUAAUCUCUCCACUCCCUGUUCAGUUGGUUCUGUUUUUUUUUUGGUUUGGUUUUGUUGUUUCGUUUUUUCCUUUCAAGGGGAUUUCUAUCUCUGGGACCCUCACCACACCUACCCCUCCCAUUGCAAAGCCAACUUGGACUGGGAAGGGCCCUUCAGGUCACCAAGCAUCCACCUGGAGCGGCGAGCUAGAGGCCUGUUGGCUUGUGAAAUGAGCCCUCCUGCCACACGGGGCCUCUCCCAAAGGCUCAUCCCUUGGCCGCCCCCUUCCCAAACACAAGGAUCCCCAGCUGGACUCCCCACCCGCUGGCUUUGCCACCUCUCCAGGUGCCAAAGGUGAACCGAGUCCAGUGUUUGCUGAAUGUCCUUUUGUAACCACAGCGCAGUCAGCCCCUGGCGUUCGUGAACUUUGUCCCAGCACAGUGAAGUGUGGGCUCCCCCAGCAGAACUGACUCCCUUUCUGUUGUUUGCACAUGUCCCUGUUACUGUACUGUCAAUAGAUAUUUUUGAGAUUUAUUUUUAAAUAAAUAUUCAACUUGCUAUGUGUUUCAACGUGGUUAAAAAAAAUGAAUUAUGUAGCUAUUUAUUAAAUGCCCUGGGUUCUUUAGUCUUCCAAGGGAGGGCUUGGCGCCCGUUCGUGUUGUAUCUUCCACUCACUACAGCCCAAGGGGAGAGUUGAGUUUGAGGCAGGGAGGAACAGACACGAAGCCCCUUUUUCCUGAGCUGGUGGAGAGCCACUGUCUUCCCUGCAGUAACUAGCUAUACACCUACCUCCAGUGUGCACUUAGGGGGUGAGCGCGGGUAUCGAGGUCUGUGUGCCUGCAGACUGCUGACCUAGUGACAAUUCAGGGACCUCACCUGUCGGACCUGUAGCUUGCUGAGCAGGAACCUUGCACUUCACACUUCUUGAGUCUCGUUUCAGAAGGAAAGUCAUUUGGGAUUUCUACUGCCCCUCCAUCUCAGUCCUCUCCACCGGUUUCCAGGACUCGUCUGCAACACUGGCGAUCUUUUUGCACUACAAGUGGGCGGGAGUCGGCACCUGUGCAUCAGACAGAUGGCUCCUCAGAUGUUCAGCUAAGCCCAAGCGGUUCCAAGCCUGAAGGCCCCUUCAGCUCCUCAUGUGAAUUACCGACCCCCGGAUUUUCCUUGUGGGGGUACAAGAGCAGGAGUGGGGCAAGAGUUUGAAAACAAAGCCGCCUCCUUGUGAACUAAUAACAUAUUUUAGCCAUAACUGUUUGUGAUGUACACAAUGCUAAGGGGUUCUUAGGCAGUGGGUCUUUCUGGGAGAAAGGUAUUCAGCUCUUGAGCAAGUUUAAGUCUGGCUGAAUCCUGAGGCCACUGUGAAUUUGCUGAUGUUCUUCCAACUCAGUUGAGUGAUUUUAAGGUUUUCCAAAUCUUAUAUGGCUCUUUUUUAAUAUAUAUAUAUAUAUAUACACACACAUACACAUAUAUAUAUAUCCGGUAGAUCAUAUGUAGAUAUACAGUGUGUAUAUUAAGCUGAAUUUCAACCAACUUUAUUACUAAGACCAGCCUAUCAGGGGCAUUCAUCUUCGACGUUCUUCCUUUUCACAUUUCAGAAUCGGCAAUGCCUGGCCCACUCCUGAGAGCUCUAGUUUUCUAGUUUUCCAUUUCCAGAUUGCGCCAGCAUUACAGUCACUAACUCUUUUAUCCAACCGUGAUGCCACGUAACUUACCCAGCGGACAAAAGCAGGAAUGACUAACGCAUCCUAGGAGGGAGAGUCCGGUGUAUCUACCAUCACGGAGUACUGUGGUCACAGACUGGAAUAGGAAAUACUAAACCCUGCUCCCUGCUGUGGAUCUUACUCUAUGAGGUUGCCGUGAUUGAGAUAGUUAAAUACAUGCUAAUUUAAAAAUGCAGAUGUUUUGCAUUUGACUUCUACCAAGAGUUGAAAUGUUGAGAGAUGAUAAAAAUAAUAAUAAAGUGUCUUCCAUUGUUAAA